AUGGCGACGGGAGCCAUUGAUGAAGCAAGCAACAUGAAGGUGAUAUUGAAACACUAUGUAUCCGGUUCUCCACAAGAAACAGAUAUGCACCUGACUGCAGGGACCAUCAAACUAAAAGCAUCAGCGGGCUCCAACGCAGUUGUUGUCAAGAAUCUUUUUCUCUCCUGUGAUCCCUACAUGAUUUUCAAAAUGAUGAAGCUCGAAAGACAUUAUUCUGACCCUUACACGCCUGGUUCACCUAUAACUGGAUAUGGCGUGGCUAAAGUUUUAGAUUCUGCACAUCCAGACUUCAAAAAGGAUGAUUUGGUCUGGGGAUUAACUGGUUGGGAAGAGUAUAGUCUGAUUACGGAGACAAAUCACAUGUUCAAAAUUCGACACACAGAUGUGCCUCUUUCCUUCUAUGCUGGAAUUCUUGGUAUGCCUGGUAUGACUGCAUAUAUUGGUUUCUAUGAGCUUUGUUCUCCUCAGAAAGGAGAAUAUGUCUUUGUUUCAGCAGCAUGUGGUGCAGUUGGUCAGCUCGUGGGGCAGUUCGCUAAGCUGCAAGGGUGCUAUGUCGUUGGUAGUGCUGGAAGCAAUGAGAAGGUUGAUCUGUUGAAGAACAAAUUUGGAUUUGAUGAGGCUUUCAACUAUAAAGAAGAGCCAGACUUUACUGCAACAUUGAAAAGGCUCUUUCCUGAAGGCAUCGACAUUUACUUCGAUAACGUGGGAGGAAAGAUGCUGGAUGCAGUUCUACUCAACCUGAGAGUCCGUGCUCGCAUUGCUGUGUGCGGGAUGAUCUCUCAGUACAACCUUGAGCAGCCUGAAGGCGUGCACAAUUUGACGUCGAUCGUGAUGAAACAAGCCCGAAUGCAAGGAUACCUGGUCUUCGAGUACUACCACCUCUAUCCGAAGUAUCUGGAAAUGAUAUUGCCAAAGAUUAGGGAAGAGAAAGUAGUGUACGUGGAAGACAUAGCCGACGGCCUCGAGAAUGCUCCAGCAGCGCUAGUUGGGCUCUUCAGUGGCCGAAAUAUUGGAAAACAAGUGGUUGCUGUUAAUUGCUUGUGAAAUUGUGAUCGAAUCCAAUUGCAAAGGG